CUGCUCUCUGAGGAGGUGACAGUACCUGCUCUCUGAGGAGGUGACAGGAGCCCACACUGUGCCUGAGCCCCCCCCAGGGGUGUUCCCUCCUGCCUGUCCCCCAGCCAGCACAAGGUUUCUCUCCCGUGCUGCCUCCCGUGGCUUUGCUGACCUUGGGGUUUUUCCAUCUGCUUACGUUUCCACUUCUGGAAAAAGGUUUAGUUUCUCCCCCUCGCAAGUUUUUUUGUUAAAUUCUCUUCUGGAUUUUUCGGCUUUGAUUCCCUCUUAGUCUCUGCCUGCUCCGGGAAACGUGUCACAAGCUCUGGGUUAAGAUUUUGGUUGCGGGAUGAUUUGAGUUAAUAUUAAAAUGCUUUAAACCUCCGAGCGCUUGCAUUUUUGUCAGCUUAAUUGACUCUGGUUAAAUACGAUUUAAAUGUAAUUACAAUAAGAAAAAUAUCCUUUUCCAUCCUUUCAAGAAUGAGAGUUGGCUUCAACAGUCUUUUUUUUGGGGGGGAAUUGCUGGAGGAAGAUCUUUGAUCCACGUUUGCUGUGCCGAGGGCAGCUUUGUCAGCUCGUGGGUCCCAGCGAGUGUUCCCAACCUUUGUCACUCUGUAAAGCUUUAACCUCGUCCUGAAAGCUCCUGAUAGCAGCUGGGAGGAUCGUGCUGCAGCCAAUCCCACAGGCCAGGGCUCUGGAACCUCGCUUAAACAAGCAAGAGUUGAUAGUUUGGCCUUCUCCUCUGAAGAGCCGCUCCUGGGGCUCGGCACGGCGAAAUUCCCAAAAGCUGAUGUAAAUGAGGGGCUUUUUGUCCUCUCCAGACCGUGGGGUUUUGCUGUUGAGAGGGGCGAGAGCAGGGCUGGGUUGUGCAGGGCUGUGUUCCACCUCACUGAGGGUUUCCAGCCCAGGGGAAGUGGCCCACGCUCUGUUCCAGGUGUGUGUCCCAGCCACUGUGUUCACGGGCCAUUCAUCACUUCCCAGCCCAAAUCUCUUUGGUUUCUGAGCCCUUCUCACCUGCACCUGAGAUUUCAGAGCUGUGCUGUUGCCACGUGUGCCUUUGGUCUCUCUAAGGUGAGGAACAUCCUCUGCCGUCCCCAGAGCUGCUUUUAGUCCUGAUCACCUCCAGAAGCGCAGAAACUGCCCCAAAAGUGUUUCACUUUCCCUUUCUCACAGCUAUUCCUUCAAGCUCAGUGCUUCCCUCAGAGAUGUAGGUAGUGAGGCAGAGUUUAUUUUUAGAGAAGAAUGAAUCAUCUCCUGGUUGUGUCUUGUCUCAUUUUGCUUUGAUGAGAAGUCAAGUCAAAGAACUGGGACCUGCUGGGUCUGGGUCCCUGAGUGCACGUGGACGGGUGAUGCUCUGUCCCAGGAGGGCCCAGCAGCUGAGCAAGGUGGGGUUUGGAAGUGCUGAGCUGCAGGGACAGAGCCUGGGGGUGCAGCAGCUUCCUGGGCUUUCCUUCUCAGGUUGUUUUGUUGGAGGAUUGCUCUGAGCUCUGCGAAGGGAAACGCACGCGUGUCCUUUCACCCCGAACUCUUUCCAGUCCUUUCUGUUUCCAGCUCUGUUCUUGGGCUGAGAUUAACGAGAGGGGAGGACUGUUGCUGUUGGGAAGUUUGAGAGCAGGAAUUGUGGUCCUUGUUUUGCUUCUCUCAUGGUUGUCUUGAACCUCUCCUGUGUUUGGAGGCUUCUUGUUACCGGACUGGGGCUUGUCCUUGCAGCCAACAGCUUUGGCACGAGGUGUGACCUUGGCAGAGGAAUUAUCUCUAAAGCUAUUGCAACUGCUUCCUUAUCCUUGUGCUUUGUGUUUGAGGCCUGGUAGUGAGCCACUCCUUAACUUCAGUACCCAGGAGGCCAGGCUCCGAAAUAUCCAACUUCCUCAUCUGGGAGUUGGUGGAUGGGAGCUGGAUUAUUGGCUUUCACCUUUUAAAGUCCAGCAGGAGCGAAGUGGAGCAUCGUUCAGUGGCUGGAGGAACUGUGUCAGUGGCUUCUGGGGCGUUUGAACUUCCUGGGGGGAGAAUUUUUGCAGAAGGGGAGUUUUGUUGUCCGCGUGGAAGGAGCUGUGUUGGGCUCCUCACCCAAAUGCCUCUGAGCAGCUCUGGGAAAGGGACCUUGGAGGGUUCCACCUUGUGCUGUGGGAGGGAGCAUUUCUCCCUGCCAGGUUCCAGGCUGGAAUGCAGCAGUUCCUCUUGUCUUGUCCCAUUUUCAGCCCUCUCCCUCUAAUCGUGGUCCUCGUUGCCCGUUCCCAAGGUGAGAAGUCUAAAACAGGCCGGGAUAGUGGGCAGGUUUGUCUUGGCACUUCCAAAUCCCCUUGGCUGCAGGUUUAAGGAAAUGGUUUGUGUCUGCUGAUGUGUGUAAGGUGUAGGUGAUCCCUGGGGGGACGGGGCAGGGCUCAGGUAAGUUCAGGAGGAAUCCUGGCACAGCACAGGCGAUACUUGGUUAGUAGAGACGUCGCUAAUUCCAUAAGUUAUACAGUUUCUGCUCCUUGACAUAUGUUUUUUUACCUUCCUUUCUAGGAAGGGGUCUGGAGGAGGGAAAAUUUCCCUUUCUGGUGAAAGGGGACUGGAGCAUUAUGACAGUCAAGUCUUUAAAAGCUUAUGAGUUCCCAGAGUCCUGGCCGGUAGCCGCUGCCUCCGCUGAUGUUGUCGGAUGUCAAUAGAGAGAGGUUGAAGGCAACACUUCUAAUGGAGCAGGUGACAUCCAAGGGGGCUGGCUUGAACCCCAACGCCAAAGUGUGGCAGGAAGUCCCCCAGGGGAGUGGUGAGGCCGUGCCCCCCUCAAAUGGCACCGAGCACACGUGGCAGGAGACGGCGGCGGCCCAGGGGACUCCGGCCGAGGGUCACAUAGAGCUCUCAGAGGACAGCUGCAAGCAGUAUGAAGUGAUGUAUUCCCCGUCCUGUGAAGCCACAAGGAAUGGCACAGGAGCCGACGAAGCCUCUGCCAACGGCAUCGUCCUGGCGACCGAAGACCUGGGAUACCAAAUCUAUGAAGUGUCUGGUGACGGCCCCUCCGCCGUGUCCACGGAAGACAUCAGGGAAUGUUUGAGGAAACAACUUGAAUUCUGCUUCUCCCGUGAGAAUCUUUCAAAGGAUCUCUACUUGAUGUCUCAGAUGGACAGCGAUCAGUUUGUUCCAAUAUGGACAAUUGCCAACAUGGAAGGGAUUAAGAAGCUGACAACGGAUAUGGACCUUAUUCUUGAAGUUCUGAGAUCUUCUCCCAUGGUACAAGUGGACGAGAGAGGGGAGAAGGUGAGACCAAACCACAAGCGGUGCAUUAUCAUCCUCCGGGAGAUCCCCGAGACAACACCCAUAGAGGAGGUGAAGGCCCUGUUUAAGAACGAGAACUGCCCCAAGGUGAUAAGCUGUGAGUUUGCUCACAACAACAACUGGUACGUUACAUUCCAGUCCGACACAGACGCCCAGCAGGUAAGGCCCCUCCAACCCCAACAUCCCCCUUGUUAAUCCUCCCCCUGCUCAGGGGGGUUGCACAUGUGCUCCCUGUGGCUAAGAGAAAUAUUUAUUUGCUGAUCCCCCUUUUGUUGUUCUAAGAGAUUACUGGCAAACUCUGGUUAAUAAGACUGAAGUUGGGAGAUUAUUCCCUUGUCUGCCUCUUGCCUCGGCGCUCAGUGACCAUGGCUGGCACUGGAAUCCUGAAUUUGAAGUGUUAAUGGAUUUAUCUGGGCUGGCAGGGAAG